AAGCAUCUCAUGUGAGAGAUAAGUAAAGCUGCACAGCUUGCUUAAAGGUGCGGCGGCCGCGGCCGACUAACGUAGGCACCAGGAAAACAUUGGGCAAACACGAACGAGCUCCUGGACAGUCUCAGAAGCCAUCGUCCUUACUUACACUCUGCCUCCCCACAACGGCGUCACGACAAAUUUGCCCAGAAACAUUCGCGCGCAGCUUGCGGGAGGCAACUUGAACAAGACACGGCCUGCGAGAGCGCGGAAACGGCACAACGUUUCCGCGCGGAGCUAAUCAGGGAUCAGGUGGUAUAUAGCCGGCAUGACAGAGCAGCAUGCUUUUUAUUCGCUUCUUUUGCUUCUUUUCCCAGCCACCUUCGCCCCGCCAUGGACAAGACAGUGUCGAGCGAUACUAUCACUGCGACUGCCCGGCACCAGGUCGUGAGGUACACGGCGGUGGUCAGUAUGACAGUCCUGGUAACAGAUUGGAUGUAUCUCUUCUCGGAAGAGUUGGAGCAUAUCUGGUCGCGAAAAUGGUCAUUCGCGGAGUUUCUCUAUCUCUUCACGAGGUACAUGCCAUUUAUUGAUGUCUCGAUAUCGCUUGUAUACUAUUUAUCUCCCACCAUUUCCCCCGAGACAUGCCUCGUCAACUAUGCAACGGGAACGUGGCUGCUCGUUGUCGGCUUUGCAAUCGCAGAAUUAAUCCUAGUCUGGAGGACGUACGCGAUCUGGCAGAAGUCUAAGAAAAUUAUGUGGACUGUAGGGAUUGUGUGGACGAUCGUAGUGCUUGCAAAUAUCCCAAUUCUGACAAUCUUCACACGAUCAUUGAACUUCGGGCCGCAACCUCUACCCCAGAUUCCGGGAUGUAAUUUGGUGAACGCGAGUGACAUCGCAUUUGGGAGCUUCUUCUCAGUGUUGUUGAUGGAGAUAGUUGUGGUUACUCUCACGGUCUACAAAGGGGUGCAAGAUGUUCGUAGGUCGUCAAGCGCCCUGGUACUGAUUAUGUAUCGAGACGGCGUCUUAUACUUCGUCUGCCUGCUCGUGAUGUCCCUGGGGAACGUCCUAGUUAUCCUCGCAGCACCGGUUGAAUACUUCGAUUUGCUUAUCAAUCUGACGCGCGUGCUUCACGCGAUCCUCUGCUGCCGAGUUAUUCUCCACUUACGACAAGCGGCGCAGCUCGAUGGCGCGCAGACAAGUUCGCAGAGCUCGUCUCAGCUUUCUACCAUCCGCUUCAAAAUCCAGUCACGACUGCGUCGUCAGCCUCCGAUGGAGGAUUCCAUGGAAAUGACCGAUUAUACCGAUAGGGUCAAUGACGUAUAAUGAUGAUGUAUUUCAUGGAUUGUAGCGAUAGGCUGUUUAUGAUCACGGGGUCCUGGUCCGUUAACUCUCCAUCGUUCUAGCUACUUGAGAGGCGCCAGACCACUUUUCGUGCCCCUCGGCUUUCUCGUCUCCGUCUACCCUUGGAGCUGAAUAUACGACGCCUGCGCGGAGGUGAUUGCGUCGGUGAACUAGUCACUACCUGUGCGCGAGAAUCACGCCCACUGGAGAGUCUUCAGUCGGCUUUGAUCGCGUGCAGAACCUAAAAGCGAGAUUAGCAACAAGCGGAAUGAGUCAUCUUUCUUUACGAUGUCAGUACCUAGUGCCUACGCUCAAAGUCUCUCAAUCGGGACCGCUGUUGCAGGACAUAGCGCUUCUGGGCGAAAGGGGCACGCCUUGGCGGAACCAGUGACCCGUGGCGUUGCCAGCGGGGCCGAUCUCCAAGAGCUUAUUCCUAUGCCCGAAAACUCAGCCGCCAUCGCUUCCGCCCUCUGUAAGCAAUACCGGAGGUGCACGGAGAGGCACUAAACGUCGUUGAUCCCGAAGAUUACCGCCGCACUUCUUUUGCCUUCGGAAUCGAGUGUCGUUUCCGUCUGUAUGGACCGCCGAUGUGGCUCGAGCAUGGGCGUAUCAGCGAUAUUGGCACCGAUGCUCAGGGUCGCCAGUCUGGCUGACCACUCAAUAGAAAUCUGCCCCUUCCUUCCCAUCAAAGUCUGCAAGCUUAUGCGCCGCGGCGGCUGAGCGCGCCACCUAUGCUUACCCAGGCAAUUCUCUGAUACAGCGAAAUGACAGUACAAGGGGGCAUUUCCAAAUCAGCCAGCCUAUUCCGUUCCCGGUACUAGCCAGCGCCGCGUCUUGCACGAUGUCCCACGUCAAGGGCAAGAUCGACGCAUCAAAUUGACGCGAUUUUGGGAGGUGCGAUAGCGGACCCUGACCAUAUAGGCAUGUGCAACCGCUCAAAUAGUCCCAUGCCUCGGCUAUCUAGCUGUACUCAUCGAUCUUACCGCGACCUGGAAUUAUUCAAGUGUCCGUUCAGGUCAACCGCCGUCCUGCGGAAGUACCUUGCCGUACACGUCCUUUUACCCUUUACCAACUUGGACUUCGGGAUGCACUCAGAUCCCAUCAUUCAGUUUUUUUGUAUCUUCUGCUGGCAUAGAAUGCGCCAAGUUCUGUCCUUCGCAAGGCACGGAUGCAGAUUCCCCACAGUACAUAGGCCAUGGUUAUAGUUCGCAGGCAGAACCUAUCUUCCUCCUUUCAUUGCCCACGAGCUUGCGUGCAAGCGUCUACACAUUGAUCAUGGAGGCGUCCCCUUCCGUAGACUAUGCUCCUCUGUAAGCUCUCACCACCGACUGUGCGCAUGUCUGCUUACUGAAAAUGUUUUA